CAUAUUGGCAUUGUGGGAAAUGAGAGAGUCGACAAGUUAGCCAAACAAGCUGUUAAAAAAGAGUAUAUUGAAGCAAAUAUUGAGGGAAAUUUGGAAGAGUGUAAUAUGGAAAGAAACCAUUAGAAAUUGGCAACAGCAGUGGGAUAGGGAAAAUAAAGGAAGACAUUUGUACACUAUUCAAAAUAAAAUUGGGGUUGUGAAGAAAAGGGGAGGAAAUAGAAGAGAAGAAAUUGUUAUGAGCAGAUUAAGGAUAGGGCACAGUAAUUUGAACAGCACACUUCAUAUUAUAAGGAAGCACCCAACGGGUUUUAGUGGUUUUUGUCCGGUUGCAGAAACAAUAGAGCAUGUGUUAAUGAAUUGUAAAAAGUAUGAAGUACAUAGGAAAAAGAUGAUGGAAGAGUUAGGAAAGACUGGAAUAAAAGGGACAGGAGUGAAGGAAAUACUAGAGAGUGGGGAGAAUGAACAAUGUAGAGAAAUUAUUUUAAAUCUUUUAUUAAGAACAGGGCUGGUGAAAAGAAUAUGAAAUAAGGAUAUGAUGUAACAGACAAAUAAAUUCGGAAGAUGGCGGUAGUGCAACAUAAAAGGAGUAAGCUGCCGAUAAACCCUAAAGAAGAAGAAGAAGAAGAAGUAAACCCUAAAGAAGAAGAAGAAGAAGAAGCGGCGAUGUUCGAUGUCACACUUCAAGAGGCUCGCCAGCUCGGCGGCGUCACGUUUGACGUUGUCCCCCAGCAGCUGCAGCAGCAAGCCGCUGACUCUCCUUCCGGGUUCAAGAUGGCUUUCCAGGGGCUGUGGCGUGCGCUUCGUGUCCCAGGGGACCGCAGGCAGAGCCGCCGGCUGCGGGCGAGCCAGACGGGGAGCCCUGGCGCUCAGCGGAGCCGCGGCACUGACAGCGGCCGUGGCGGGUUUUUUAGCCAACGCCGACCACUUCCAGCGUGCCGACAUGGCCACGAAGGCGCCCCGAGCCGCCGCGGAGAAGGAACCGCAGGGGGAUAUCUCCGAGAGGUGCCGGGGCUUCAUGUCUCCUCCGGUGACCGAAAUCGGCGUGCUGCAGGAGAGCAGCGGGGAGAUGCGCACGAGGAUGGAGAUGCUCAUCAUGGAGACGCAGGCCGACUUCUGCAACGCCCUGCAGGAGGUGGACGGCGGGACGUUCAAGGUGGACCGGAGGCAGAGAAAUGAAGGUGGCGGAGGGAUCAGCUGUGUGAUGCAGGAUGGAAAGGUGUUUGAGAAGGCCGGAGUCAAUGUGUCCGUGGUGUUUGGGAACCUGACUGAGGAGGCCGCCAAGCAAAUGAGGAGCAGAGGGAAAGUCCUCAAAGGGAAAGAUGGUAAGCUGCCGUUCUGUGCCAUGGGUGUGAGCUCCGUCAUCCACCCCAAGAACCCCCACAUCCCCACCGUGCACUUCAACUACAGAUACUUUGAGAUCGAGGCGGAAGAUGGAAGCUGCUUGGUACCUGAGGAGGCACAAACAGGAACUGGAGCUCCUGCUGAUUGGCAGUGAUACCAUGGGAGUGGAAUUUACAGAAGGGAAUUACUGGCACUACGGGCACUACGGGCACUGGUGAAAAUUACAAAUGAUCUUCUACUUGCAUCGGACCAAGGACUUGUAUCUUUUCUUGUAUUGCUGGACCUCAGUGCUGCAUUUGACACCAUCGAUCACCGUAUCCUGCUGCAGAGACUGGAACACUUGAUUGGCAUCAAAGGAACUGCACUCAGCUGGUUUAAAUCUUAUUUAUCGGAUCGAUCCCAGUUUGUGUUUGUGAACGGUGAAUCAUCGAGGACCACAAUUGUUGGUCACGGAGUCCCACAAGGUUCUGUGCUUGGACCGAUUCUAUUUACCCUGUACAUGCUUCCUUUGGGCGACGUUAUCAGAAAACACCGCAUAAACUUCCAUUGUUAUGCAGACGAUACUCAACUGUAUCUAUCGAUCAAGCCAGAAGACACCAACCAACUUGUUAGACUUCAGGACUGUCUUGGAGACAUCAAAACUUGGAUGACCUGCAACUUCCUGAUGUUAAACUCGGAAAAAACGGAAGUUAUCAUGAUAGGCCCAGAGCGCCUUCGAAGUCAGCUGUCACGUGAUACAGUCUCUAUGGAUGGAAUUGCUCUGGUAUCCAACAGCACCGUCAGAAAUCUUGGAGUUCUCUUCGACCAGGAUAUGUCCUUCAACUCUCAUAUAAAGAAGACUUCAAGGACUGCCUUUUUUCAUCUACGGAAUAUAUCGAAAAUCAGGAACUUCCUGUCUCAAAGUGAUGCAGAAAAACUAGUUCAUGCAUUUGUUACUUCUAGACUGGAUUACUGUAAUUCUUUGUUUUGAGGCUGCUCUUGUAAAUCGCUUAAACCUCUCCAACUGAUUCAGAAUGCUGCAGCACGUGUAUUAACAAGAACUAAGAAAUGGGAUCAUAUAACUCCUGUAUUAACUUCUCUGCACUGGCUUCCUGUUAAAUCAAGAAUAGAAUUUAAGGUACUUCUCCUCACCUACAAGGCACUUGCUGGUGAGGCACCGUCUUAUCUUAAAGAGCUUGUUACACCGUAUUGCCCUACAAGGCAUCUACGCUCCAUAGAUGCUGGGCUACUUGUGGUUCCUAGAGUUUUAAAAAGUAGGAUGGGGGCCAGAGCCUUCAGUUAUCAAGCUCCUCUUUUGUGGAACCAGCUUCCACUUUCAGUCCGGGGGGCAGACUCGGUCAGUUCAUUUAAGAUAAAGCUUAAAACGUUCCUCUUUGAUAUUGCUUAUAGUUAGGGCUGGCUCAGGUUAGCCUGGACCAGCCCUUAGUUAAGCUGCUCUAGGCUUAGACUGCCGGGGGACUUCUUAGGACACACCGAGCCCCUCUUUCACUCUCACACUCUCACUCUCUCCUCCCACAAUCAUCCAUGUUUUGUUUUAUUAAUGUACAUCACUAAUUAAGCUUCUUUCCGGGAGUUUUUUGUGCUUUCUCGCCUAGCAGGUCUCCGUGGAUCAUAGUUUCGUGCGGACCCUGGUUCUGACUGCUGGCUCAUGGCUCUGCUGACACCUGCUGCUGCCAUCAUCAUUACUUUAAAUAUGACUCAUAUUACUGUCAUCAAAAACUAACAUCUUUCUGCUCUCCCUCCCCACAGAAGCCUCUGUGGAUGGUGGUUCGAUCUGAUGGAGGUUGUCCCUGCAGUGGUCCUGCCGUACACCUCUUCUGCUACUUGCAAUUACUUGUAUCAUUUCAGUUAGAGAAAUUGAAUGUAUUGUACAUCUUUUACAUUGUUGAUUCUGUACACAUGACAUCCAUUGCAGUCUGUCCAUCCCGGGAGAGGGAUCCCUCCUCUGACGUUCUCCCUAAGGAUUCCCUCCGGGACAGACGGCUGGAUGGAGUACGUUCCCAUCGCAGAAAAGAAGAACGUCGCCUUUGCUGCUCAGCAGCAACUCAAAGAAG